UAGGGUUUGUGUGUGGCUUCGAUAAAAAAAAUCUUCGCUACCGAAUCGGAAAUCUGUAGAGACAAUUCACGAAACUGUGGAGAUCGGAAUCAAUGGAGUCUACCAUAUCGUUGAAGCUCAAAGGAAAAGGGAAAGCUUCAAAGGCUUCGGAUGAGAAAUCGAAGUUGCAGGUCGUCAAGGAAUGGAGCAAUUGGUCACUGAAGAAGGCGAAAGUCGCGACUCACUACGGAUUCAUCCCUCUGAUCAUCAUCAUCGGCAUGAACUCCGAUCCCAAGCCCCAUCUCUUUCAGCUCCUUAGCCCUGUCUGAUCCGAUUCCAAGAUCAAUAAUAAAUCUUCUCCGGUUUGGCUUCUUCAUAUCUUUACGCGUCGUCUUGGAUUCGCCGAAUCUUCUUCAUCUUCUCAGUAGCUAGCUUUUUGUUGGAUUUACCGAUUUUCGAAUGCUUUCUCUAUGGUUCUUCUACUCUCUGUAUGGAAUCAGUUGCCUUAUGAUAUAUUAAAUCGAAUUUAUGUUUUGAAUCUUAUUCAAAGUUUCGUUUUUUAACAAAGUUCAUUUAUA